GAAUAUUGACACUCUGAUUGUGGAUGUCUACCCCGUCCUGGACACACCCUCCAAGCAGGUGAUCUGGCAGUUCAUCUACCAGCUGCUAACGUACGAGGAGCAGGGCCACUGCCAGCAGAAGAUUGCCAGGUUCCUUGGCUAUAAGUCUUUGGCAAGUGGGCCAUCCGAUCCGGCCAUAGCCGAGCCCGAAGUGGACGAACAGCCCCGGAGCUCCCUACGGACUGGCCCAGGGGGCUGGAGGAGUCUGCAUGGCCAUAGCCCCAAGGACAGGGAACCCAGGGGUUCCAGUGAGGCCGCUGAGAUGCCAGGCCGUUUAGCUCCUGGGGAGCGUCAAGCAGGUGAUGGAACUUCUCUUCCAGAGACUCCCAACCCCCAAAUGAUGUCGGCAGUCUACGCCGAACUGGAAAGCCGCCUGACUGCUGGUUUGGGAGGGAAGCUGAGCCACCUGCCUGUGUGUCGGGCAUCGUCCCUGGUUCCAGAGCCAGCAGGCGCCCGAAAAUCAGGCCUGGCUAUUUCCUGGCAGAACGAUCCUGCUCUGCAGCCUGGCUAUUACUGCUCGCCUGGUGGCCUCCCUUCCCCCAGCAGCACAGACUCGAACCCCUACGUCAGCCUGGACAGCAGCCCCGCCUGGUCCCCUAAGCUGAGCCCCCCAUCGCGCCGGAGGAAGCUCUUCACCUUCUCGCGGCCACCGCGCAGCGGGGACACCGACCGCUUCCUGGACGCGCUGAGCGAGCAGCUGGGGCAUCGGAUCACCCUGGUGGACGACUUCCUCACCCCCGAGAACGAUUAUGAGGAGAUGAGUUUCCACGAUGACCAGGGCAGCUACGUCGCCAAUGACCAGAGCAGUGCCAGCGAGGGCUUGAGCAGCAGCGAAGGGAGUUCCCUGACUUACUCCAUCUUGUCGGACCACGUCCCCCCGCCUCCAGUCAGCCCGCCCCCCGGGCCCCCACAGCCCCAUGACGCAAGGAGAAGCCCAGGGCCCCGGGGGCUGCCCAGAGCAGUUCCUCCUGCCCCCGCCCCACCGCCNCCUCCCCCUCCUCCCCCAAUGCCCUGUGUGCCCCCCGCAAUGCUGCAAGGCGUCGCUCAGCGCAGGAGCGAGUCCAAGCACAUGAGCGUCAAGCGGCUGCGCUGGGAGCAGGUGGAAAACUCCGAAGGCACCAUCUGGGGGCAGCUCGGGGAGGAUUCGGACUAUGACAAACUGAGUGACAUGGUCAAGUACCUGGACCUAGAGCUGCACUUUGGCACCCAGAAGCCAGCGAAGCCAAGCCCCUUGCCGGAGCCCCUUAAAAAAAGGCACGUGGUUGAGAUUCUGUCACACAAGAAGGCCUACAACACAGCCAUCCUGAUUGCUCACCUCAAGCUCUCCCACAUUGAGCUGCGCCAAAUCCUCCUGAGCAUGGAGAGCGACCGCUUGGAAGCCUCCCACAUCAAGCAGCUGCUGCUUUAUGCGCCAGAUGCUGAGGAGGAGCAGCGCUUCCAUGGCUACCAGGGUGACCCCGGCAAGCUGAGCGAGCCGGACCAGUUUGUCCUGCAGAUGCUUUUGGUGCCUGAAUAUAAAACCCGCCUGUGCAGCCUUCACUUCAAGACUACCCUGCAGGAGAAGGUGGAGGAGAUCACCGCCAGCUAUGAGUGCAUCUACAACGCUUCCCUGGAACUGAAGAACAGCAAGAAACUGGCAAAGAUCUUGGAGUUUGUACUGGCCAUGGGGAACUACUUAAACCACGGGCAACCCAAAACCAACAAAACAACCAGCUUUAAAAUCAACUUCCUCACAGAGCUGAACAUGACAAAAACAGUUGAUGGGAAAUCCACUUUUCUGCAUAUUCUUGCCAAAUCACUUAGCCAACAUUUCCCAGAACUCCUGGGCUUUGCCAAGGAUUUACCCACAGUGCCACAUGCUGCCAAAGUGAAUCAGAGAACAUUAACAGCUGACCUCAGUGACCUUCAUCACACCAUCAAUGAGAUUGAGAUCGCCUGCCAGAAUAUGGUGCCUUCAUCACCUGAGGACAGAUUUGUGCCUGUGAUGGAUGCUUUCCUGGAGAGCGCAGAUCCCACCGUACGGUCCCUUGGUGAUCUCCAGCAUAAAGCCAUGGAGGAAUUCAGGAAGGUCUUAUCCUUCUUUGGGGAAGACUCCAAGGUCACAACUUCUGAAGGAUUUUUUGGCAUUUUUGCUGAGUUCAUGAGCAAAUUUGAGCGGGCCUUCAGUGAUGUGCAGGCCAGCGAGCUCCCAUGCAGCCCGAAGAUGGCCCUCCCCCCUUGCCUGGUGUCCGGACAGUUCAAGUGAGGAUGCCGCACGGUGCUUUCUUGCCCACAGAGCGCAGCUGCUUCUGGUCCAGUCCGGCCGUCAGCACAAAGCAGUUCACCCCAGCAUGGAAGAAGCACUGCUGGAGACCAGCAGAGGGACAAUCUCUGUGGAAAUUGUGUCUCCAAAAAAGAGAGAGGGGCUGGCUGCAGAUUUCUAAAAACUUCUCCACUCCAGAGACGUUUCUCUUUUCCACAGGGAUAUUCCUUGGUUUGGUAAACCUGCGUGCUAGAAUGAAUCCAAGAUGUCAAGAGGCAUGGGCAAAGCUGGGCUUUCUUUCCUCCCACUUUUUAUGGCCUUUCUGAAAGUUCCUUAUUUCAGGGAGCUGUAACCAAGUCUGCAUAUGGCAUUUGGGAGCAGCCAACCAGUUCAGGGGCUGCCAUUUCUGCAGUUCCCUGGGAAACGCUGAGUGCCCCAAAACAAAGGCAGGCUUGGACUGGUGGCAUGAUGGACCCUUUGCCGCAAGAGAAACUGACCUGCCCCCUCUUCUCCCUCCUGGUCUCAAGGCGUCUGUGCCUGUGGUUGCAAACAUAGCCAGCAAGUCUUAACCUCUUGUUCCAGGCGGUUCUCUUGCGAAAGUAGAUUCCUAAAUGAAAUGAUCCAUGCAGGCUGGGUUAAAUGCAGGAUGGCAGCAAAAGCGGAGAAGCCCCCUAACCCAGCCCAAUACCUGUUCAGCAGAAGCUCUGAUGCCUGUUCCACACCCACUUCUGCUCUCCUGGUCAAAUAGAGGGGAACAAAGUAGCUUAUAUUUUGUGUUAGUUACUUUAUUUGCUAGUUUGCUGUCUCACCAUUCCUCCAGGAGCUCAAGGCAGCUUGUGUGAGGAAUGCCAGUCAUUUUAUCCCCAAGCAGUGACCCUGUGAAGGAAGUGGAGCUAGAAGACCCAGUGAGUUUCAUGGAUAAGGGUGGACUUAAACCUGCAUCUCCCCAGUCCUAGUCUAGCAUCUGAACACCAUAGUGGUUAAGAUCUGGAUUGUGGCAAGCUUCCCUCUGAUUAGCAAAGAGCGAGCUGAUUGCUGCAGGCAAUCAUUAGGCCAGGGAGAUGCUCCAGUCAGUUGGGUUCCCCCAGUGAGUGUCCAGUCAAGCCUUUCCCUUAACCCCUUAGUGGAGAUUAUUUGAGCUGGAAAUGAAAAGCAGACCUCCUCUGAUACCAGUGCAGCAUCUCCUUGCCCAUCCACCAUGGCAGAAGCUCUGCCCUACCUUAUCUGCCCUUGAGAUCAGAAGCAGUGAAUUCACCGUGGCAUGGGCAAAACCAAGACUGUCAACAAUGCUGGGCCUUAGUGGGCGCUGGCCCACCAUUCGUCUUGUUUAAAUAAAAAUCCCAGUCCAAUCAUACCUUGCUGGGCAUUCUUCAUUCACUGCUUGGUGCCAGGUAGCCCCUUCCUUACGUAAACAAAUGACUUGGGCUUUUCGUUUGAGGUUUAUUUUGAAGUGUCACUCACAUUGGCCCUCCUUGUCCUGGAUGAUACGUACGGAGCUCAGCUCAUAUUUUCAAAGAGCUGCAAUUAAGUAUUUUGAGGUUAUUUCAUGACGAUGACAAUGAUCGUCCCUUCUUGUAACUUGUAAUUUGGCAAGACCGUGGGGAGGGGCUAAGCUCUUCAUUUCAAGACGCUAUUUUCUUGUGAUGUUUUUCAAAGACCGAAGAUUGCAGCUGAGAACUGUGUAUAGAUGUGAGAACUGUGUCUCUGUACAAAUCUUUAUUAAGCUAUCAUGUAAUA